GCAGAGGUCUAACCAGAGAAAGGCGGGGCCAAGGCCGGGCCUGACUAAACUGGAGUCUGGUGAUUUAGGGUCUUCGUCCCAGCUGGGGAGCGAAGAGCUGCAGGCAGCGGGCAUCUCACCGCCUUUCAGGGUCUCCUUGACAGAUGGAAAACCUGAAGUAACCUCGGGCUAACCUUGUGUUUCUGGAAAAUUAGUAGAUUUACUGCAGUUUUUAGAACUUCAGCUAUCAAAAUGGGCAGAAUUUUUCUUGAUCAUAUUGGUGGUACUCGGCUGUUUUCUUGUGCAAACUGUGAUACAAUCCUGACCAACCGCUCAGAACUCAUCUCUACUCGAUUCACAGGCGCCACUGGUAGAGCAUUUCUGUUUAACAAGGUAGUUAACCUGCAGUACAGUGAAGUUCAAGAUCGCGUCAUGCUCACUGGCCGCCACAUGGUUCGAGAUGUGAGCUGCAAAAACUGCAAUAGCAAACUGGGAUGGAUCUAUGAGUUUGCCACUGAAGACAGCCAGCGUUAUAAGGAAGGCCGUGUGAUCCUGGAACGUGCUCUAGUUCGAGAGAGCGAGGGCUUUGAAGAGCAUGUACCAUCUGAUAAUUCUUGAAGAAAAAGAGAUAAAUCCAUCUUUUCCCAGGUCUCCUUCACUGAAAACAAAAAUCUACUUACAUACACUGUCACCUUAGCAUCAGAGUCGGAUUCAUGAACUGCGGAACAAGAGGUUGUGAGAAUCUAAGAUGAAACCUUUCUUUCUUUCUUUUUUUAAUUUUGUAUUUUCCAUCCAACAGCAGUGUGUAGAGAGUAUUAUGCAGAUGCUGUUAACCUUUUUCCCUAUGUUUACAUCGUGAGGCAGAAGAGUCUACCUGCAGCUACAUGGUGGGCUACGUGAGGAAAAAAUCUGGGCUAUUAGAGUGAAAAAGUGUGUUUUAUGUAAAUUUUGAAUGGAGACUAUGUCAAGAGCAUGGUUUUUAAACUUAUUUGGGCUUCAUUUUAAAACAUUUUUUAAAAACCCAGUUAUUUCACUUGAUUUGCUAGCUUCAGAGAAGAGAUCCGAAUCUGUGCCCAGCGCUAAAGGCUCAGUGUUAGCACGGCUUGUGCUGGCCGGCGUGCCAUAUUCUUGUUGGAGAUGAACCGUAGCCCCAGAGCCCAUUCUUCCUUGUCAGUCUUGACCCAAAGAUACCACCAUUCCUAGUUACUUGUCACCAUGUAAGUGGUGUUGAUUGGAAGCUUUCUGAAUUGGGGCAGAACUGCUUGGUUGUCUUUUUCCAUGUAACUUAAGCAUAGUAAUAUAAAUAAAAUAAUAGUUGGAUGUUUUUGGUCCUGUGUUGCUUUAAAAACACCUUAUAAAAGAACAGUAUUUGAUAAGUAAUUUUCAUAGUAAUUGUUUCUUCACAUCUCUUAAGCUAAGUGGAUUAUGUAUAAGGUAUUCCUUGUAUAAAUGAAAACAAGACUGUUUAAACCCACAGUCUUGCACUUAGAAAACAUUUGAACAGAAUGUCAGUGUGUGUGCAUCCGUGCAGAGAGCAUUUAAUCUGUAUCUGCUUUAAAAGGAGGGGGAAAUGAAGCAGCUCGUCUAAAAAUACUUCGUUACAGGCAUUACAGCCUUGCUCCUCAGUUUUGCAUUGAUUUUGACGAGUCUGUAGAGCCUAAUAGUUCCAUCAGAGGAGUAGGUCUCUCCUUAGCAUUAUUUUUCCAGACUUUCCCUUAGAAGUUCAGCUACUGAAAUCAAAACUGUACUUGGUACCUGCAGUGGAAAAAGAUCAAAUUUGACUCAGGGUGUUAUUUUAGCCCAAAAUUUAUAACAUUGCAAGGUAUUAAAAUGUAAAUGUUUCCUUAUCCAUACUACUUCUAUAUUCUAAUAUUUGCUUUUGGUGGAAUAAAUGACAGUAAAAUUGACUCACUAUUCAAAUGAAUGGAUGUUUGCAUGCUCAAAUCUAGGUCUUUGUUUAGAAGGAAAUUUGCUUCAGUUGAAUGAGUGAUAUAUUUGUCAUGAGAGGUGACUCUUGCUGUUGGGCACUUGAUUGGAAAUAUAGAUAGCUGAUUAAGUAGAUCUAGUAUAGUAUUGCAUUUGAAAUAAAUGGACACAGACUCCGUCUUCAACAUGAAGUCAGUCUUCAAGCAUUAAGAAACAGCAUUCAUUCCCAUCGAUUUUCAUACUAGCCUUUGAUAUGCAGAUUCCUAGUAGCAUGCCUUACCUACAGCACUAUGUGCAUUUGCUGUCAUAAUAAAGUAUAUUUUGUCUUGCA